AUGCUGAACUGCUUUUCCAAUAUCAGAAUAGGUCUGAUGGUCGGCAUCGCCGGCGGCGUACCAAGCGAGAAGCAUGACGUCCGUCUGGGCGAUGUUGUUGUCAGUGCGCCUCGCGAUGGUGAGGGUGGUGUGUUCCAAUAUGACUUUGGCAAGAAGAUACAGGGCCAGAGCUUUCAAUAUACGCGAAUUUUGAAUCAGCCCCAAGGGAUUCAGGCGAAGUACGAAAUACAUGGGCAUCGGCUGGAAGAGGCCAUCAACAAUAUUCUCAAUACAAAGGCGAAGAAGCUACGCCGGAAGUAUGGACGGCCCGAACCAAUCACAGACAGGCUGUUUCAGCCCGAAGUUAUCCACGACUCAACAUGCGGAGCUACGGUUUGUGCGUAUGGUUCUUCUAAUUUGGUACCGCGGCGCGAUCGGACCGAGCAUGAUGAUAACCCUGCUAUUCACUAUGGCCUAAUUGCUUCUGCCAAUCAGUUAAUGAAGGAUGCUUCGAUUCGGGAUUGUCUUGCAGCUGAAAAAGACGUUCUCUGUUUUGAAUUGGAGGCUGCGGGGCCGGUGAACCACUUUCCCUCUUUGAUCAAUCAAUAG